GAUAUCUCAAUAAGUAGAUUCAACAUUAAAGACAUGGCUGGCGGCCUUUUGCAAUGCCGGAGAAUAAUGUUGAAGUUGCUGGCUUUGUGUUUUAUCAUCUACUUGCAGUAUGCUCAAGUUGCAGAGGCAAGAAUUCGGCAUUACAAAUGGAACGUCAAGUAUGAGUUCAAGUCCCCUGAUUGCUAUAAGAAGCUGGUUAUCACCAUCAAUGGUAGAACUCCAGGACCAACAAUCAUAGCCCAGCAAGAUGACACCAUCAUUGUUGAGGUUACGAACAGUCUAAUAACAGAAAACCUUUCAAUCCAUUGGCAUGGAAUCCGACAGAUUGGAACGCCAUGGAGUGAUGGCUCAAUGUCCAAUUUUACCUGGGGAAACAUUUAAGUACCAGUUUAAGGUUGAUAGGGUAAGUGUUAGUGUCA